AUGGCUCAUCCAUUAUCACCGGUGUGGUUCUGGCAAGGAAAAGAAUUGUGUGACCUCACAGGUGGGGGAUAUACCGAUGAAAAAGAACAGGAGAAGUGUGUCGUGGAAACCGCAUCACAUCUCGCCAUGAAGGUCCUGGUUCUGUUUUUGACAUCAGUGGCAGCAGUUACAGCUGGCCCGCAGGGUUAUAGCCUGCCAACGCCUUCUGGUUCGUCCUUUGGCUCGUCCUUUGGCUCGUCCGCUGGGCAGUCCUUUGGCUCGUCCUUUGGCUCGUCCUUUGGCUCGUCCGCUGGACAGUCCUUUGGCUCGUCUUUUGGCUCGUCCGUCGGACCAUCCGUUGGUCCGUCCUCAGGUGGAUGUAGUCCCGGGCAAGUGCGACAUGUGGACGGUAGAUGCGUCACUCCGAGAGAAAACAGAAGAGUGUUCUUGUAUGAAGUUCCUUCGAACGUGGUGUUCAACGGCGCUCCAGUCAACAUUCCCGAGCCAACAGUAGAGACCAACAUCGUGCUCAUCCGAACGCCCGAAGGAUUACAGGGACCUGAUCCCGUAGUCGUGCCUCCUCCGAGACAGCAGCACGUGGUGUACGUACUCAACAAGCAGUCUGAACACGACCAGAGGGUGAUCGAGGUGACAGCACCACCACCAUCCGAUCCUGAAGUUUACUUCGUGAACUACGCUGAAGGCGAGAACCCAACACUUCCUAGCGGAGUGGAUCUACAGAGCGCUCUUGGCGCUGCUACUCAAGGCGGCGGUCAGGUGAUCGGCGAUAGCGGCUCUGGUGUCGGGGGAGCCGUAGGCGGUGGUAUUAGUGGCGGUAUCGGAGGUGGCAGCGGCGGAAGCAUCAGUUUGGGAGGAGACGGAGGAUUCGGAGGCAGCAGUGUCAGCAGCUUCGGAGGAAGCAGUGGCAGUUUUGGAUCCGGAAGUGGAUUCGGUGGAUUUGGAGGUGGUUCAGGAAGCGGCAUCAUUAGCGGAAGCUACACUCCACCAACCCAGCCCUCAAACCUAUACACUUCACCAUAGAAGCCAUGAAGUGAACAGCCAAGCGCUUUACUUCAUUAUGAAUAUAGCGAUUAAUGUUAGGCCUAACUUAUGUAUGUACACACUUUUGCCAAAUAAAACUAUAAUGACAAAA